AUGUUGAAAACGAUCAGCGGAUUUGACCGCAUUGGCGAGGAAAAUGCGUUCGCCGUUCUGGCUCGUGCGACCGAACUCGCCGGUCAGGGCCGUGACAUCAUCAAUCUCGGCAUCGGCCAGCCCGAUUUCCGGACACCGGAACACAUCGUGGAAGCGGCGAUCAAGGCAUUGCAGGACGGGCAUCACGGAUACACCCCGGCCACCGGAAUUGCGCCGCUCAGAGAAGCCGUUUCGGCCGACCUGCUGAAACGGCACGGUGUUGAAACCGAUCCCGGCAAUGUUCUUAUCGUGCCGGGCGGCAAGGUCACGAUGUUCAUGGCAAUCCUGAUGUUCGGCGAACCCGGAGCGGAAAUCCUCUAUCCGGACCCCGGUUUUCCGAUCUACCGAUCGAUGAUCGAGUUUACCGGGGCGCGGCCGGUCCCCGUUCCGAUCCGCGAGGAAAACGAUUUCGCCUUUUCCGCAGAAGAAACACUGUCGCUGAUUACCGACAAGACCCGUCUCCUGAUCCUGAACUCGCCGGCGAACCCGACCGGGGGCGUGACGCCGAGAUCGGAAAUCGAAGCUCUGGUCAAGGGACUUGAAAACCAUCCGGAUGUCGCGGUGAUGUCGGACGAAAUCUAUUCGCAGAUGACCUAUGACGGUAUGGAGCACGUUUCGCUGCUCGGUUUUGAGUCCAUCCGCGACCGGCUGAUCCUGCUCGAUGGCUGGUCCAAGACCUACGCCAUGACGGGCUGGCGCAUGGGUUUUGCCGUCUGGCCGGACAGCCUAGCGGACAAGGCGCGCAAACUCGCGGUCAACGCCUGGUCCUGUGUCAACGCGCCGGCCCAAUUCGCAGGCCUCGCCGCAUUGACGGGUCCUCAGACCGCCGUGCGGGACAUGGUUGCCGAAUUUGACGCCAGGCGGCGCGCAAUCGUCGACGGCCUCAACGCGCUCUCCGGCAUUUCCUGCCGCACGCCGCUCGGAGCCUUUUAUGCAUUUCCCAAUAUCAAGGACACCGGCUGGAAGGCCAAGGAACUAGCCUCGGCUCUGUUGGAAGAGACCGGCGUUGCAACGAUCGGUGGACCUGAUUUCGGGAUUCUCGGAGAAGGAUACAUCCGCCUUUCUUAUGCGAACUCCACAGAAAACAUUAUCUCCGCACUUGAUCGGAUCGGCGCGUUUCUGGAUCAAUAG